AUGAGUAGACAAAGCAAUGCGCAAGUGAAUGCAUGCAUUGAAUGUGUUCGUGAAGAUGGCUCGUAUUCAGGACGCGCCUUGUUCAAACACAACGAAUCGCCAGGACGAAGGCGGAGCGCUGUGACCGAUGAAUACGUGUGUACGGCACUGACUCAUCUGAAGCGAUGUGAUGUGGUCCGUUCGUCGUUUCGGGCUGGCUCCGCAUUGUAA